UCGAUCAUAGUCUGAUCCGUAGCUUACCCUGCCUAGCUAGCUAGGAAACUUCAAACUCGAUAUAGAGUGAUCAUGUGCUUGCCUGCCAAGUGGCUGCACCCUGUCAGCCUCAUCUUCCGCGUCGCCGGCAUCGGGCUGGCCGCGGUGUCGGCGGCGGCCAUGCUCACGGCGAGCCAGUGCACCGUCUACGCCGACUACGGAUGGCGCCCGCGCACCGUCACCUACAGCGACUUCCCUGCCUUCGUGUACCUGGUGGCGGCGACCGCCAUUGCCACGCUGCUAGAGGCAGUAGCACUGUUCCUCAGCUGGAGCAAGAAAGGCAAGAGCAAGAAAUCAUGGAGGGUGCUCACCAUGCUGCUCCUCGGCGCCGUCGUGCCGGCGCUGCUCUACACGUCCGCCGGCGCGGCGUUCGCCGUCGGCUGGGAGGACAUCUACUACUACUUGGAGCCCAUCGGGCGGCGCUUCAGCGUCUGCCGCAGCAGCGUCGCCGGCGGCCGCUUCUGUGAGCACGUGCACGUGUCCAUGUGGCUCGCCCUCGGCGCCGCCGUGGCUGUAUCCUUUGCUGAGUUCCUGACCACAUUCCGGUGGUGUCAUGGCAGCGGGUCGUGCUCGGACUCGGACUCGGACUCAGAUUCGGAUUCGGAGUCCGGCUGUGGGCAUGGGUGCCAUUGCAAGCAUUAGGAUAAUAGGAUGUGCUAUUUGCUUGUUUGCUUGUCUUAUAAGUCGUAUUUUUUUUUGUCAGCUAAUAAUGUUUUUUCUCACAAUAAAUCAGUGAACAGUACUUUUAGCUAUGAUUUUUUAGACAAGCGUCUUUGUUGCUUUUAAAUUUCUUGGUAAAUCAAUAAUUGUAAAUCAGUGGUUUGUUUACCCCAUUGUGAUUGUUUAUUUGGUCACAAGUCAUGUAGAUUUUUUUUGGGUUAAAAAGGAAAAAAAACAUGCAACUCUGCUAAGUGUACUGCAAGAAAGGAAAAUGAUUCAAAGUGGACUGGACCAAAAUGAGGCGGGCCAAUUGAUCUGUUGAUCUGUCAGUCGUUGCUAAAGAAUGUUGGGCCGUCAGUUUGAGUUGCAAAGCAAGUGCUAGGC